AUGUCUCUUCACCGCUUCUUUGCCCCCCCUCCUCUGGCCCUGGCUAUCCACCCAGCACCCACCCCCAAGCCUAGAGGAGUAUCUGACAAGGAUAAGAGGGAAAAGCUUGAUCCAGAGGUCAAGGAGAAGGAAGCCGCCCCUCCCCAGAAGGGAAAGAAUGUAGAUGCCAAUAAUAGCGAAAAGAAGGAGAAGCUGAAUGAGGAGAACCCUCAUACCCCUGUAUCCGACCAGCCCGAGCCACCUACCCCCGCACCUGGAGCACUUGAAGUUCCCGAAAAGGAGGAUGAGAAGAAGAAAGAGGAGAGUGCUACCCAAGCUGUCAAGCCAGAAGAGGCGAAGCAUGACAAAGUGCCCCAGACUCCUUCCGUCGAAGAGAAGAAGGAGAAGCCCAACAAAGACGAUGACAAGCCUCACGGGCCCGACGACAAAGAUAGCGAAGAAACCGAGCCGGUCGAGCCUCUGAUCCUGCUAUCCCCUGCCCCCGAGCGUCCCCUGCGCACUCGUCUUGACCUUCCUCCUUCUAUGGUAUACCCUCCCGUCUACACUGACCCUCGAGGGGCCUACUACAAGUAUGCCAAAGCAAUUGGCAAUGCGCCUGGCUGGAUUGAUAUCACCAAGGAUGGUUGGCUGGCUCCCCAGUGGAAAGAGCGGACCGAGCGAGAGGCUUUGAAAAAGCUCACUGGGGAAUGGGAAAAGGAGUUACAGCGACAAAUUGAGAGUGAGAAGAAGAAGACUAUCAAGAGGAAGGUGCCCAGCAACUCGGAGGGCUUGCUAUUGGACCUUUGGAAUGAUCUCGUUGUUGAAGAUAAUCACGAGCUGUCGGUAAAAGUCUUCUGGGACAGGUACGACUGGGACAGCCCAGAGGCUGUGAAGCACCUCUCCACCGACCUCACACGCCCAGAGAAACCGGCAGAAGAGAAGCAAGACGGUGAGGAUGGUGAUGCUGAAGCUAGGCCAGAGGUCAAGAAAGCAGUCAUUGAGAAGCCCGAAAUCGACUGGACCAAGGCUGGCGUUGAAGACGUCUUGUCCACAGUCGGGAUCCAAUGCGCAUACAACACCGAGCGUUCUCCUUCUCGACAUUGGUCUGAGCCUGCUGCUGCCUUCCUGCUUCUUGCCCACGGCCACUUCCUUAUCCGCCUCGAUCAGACCCUCACUUGGAAACCCAUAGAGCAUAUCAACAAGGGCUUUGAGGUCCUCGUGACCAGUGCCAACGACCGAGUCUUUGGCAACAUGGUCAAAGCUCAGCAGGCAGAGGACAGGAAGAGACGGGAAAAGGAGUAUCGAGCAAGAAAGGAGAAAGAGUACCGUGAAAGGAAGGCCCGGGAGAAAGCCGAGCAGGAGAAAGCCGAGAAGGAGGGUGAGAAGGAUAAAGAGACUGACGAGACCCCUGGCACUCCCAAGAGCGACGUGCAGCUGAGGGACGGCAAGCCCGCCGAAGUUCGUGAUAUCCCCGAACAGUCGGACGGCGGUCAAGCUAUCAUUGCUGUGGCCGUAAACCCACUCCCCGGGACAGGGGAGGACAAGGAGUCGCCGGAAAAGCUGGCUGCAAACAAAGACGCGAGGCAUGAUCCUGAUCCCGAGUUGGUCCCAGGGCCGAAGCCAGCUGAAGACAAGGUGGAAGGCGACAAAGCUAGCCCCAAGCUUGGUCUUGAUGAUAUCAACAAGGCCAUGAAGGCUCUUGACGCAGCGCAAAAGGCUGAUAAUGUCGCUUCACCUGCCGCCCCCAAGCCCAAGGCUUCCACCGGCAAACCGCCUGCCAAGAAAGAGACUGGGCCCGUCUUUUGGCAAUGGUCCGAAAAGGUCGAAAAGUGGCGAUGGAGGAAUUCUGAGGCCGGGUGUCAUGUUGUUGCACCUGGGGGAUGGGAAGAGAGGGACUGGGUCGAGUUUGCUGAUGGCAGGGCGUGGUUGGACUGGAGGGCCGAGCAAGAGGAGAUUGAAAAGGAGGAGAUUGACGUGCACGAUUGGUCACUCUAG